UGAAGACUGAUGAACUAUUGAACAGGUGCCGCUCGGAGAUGUUUGCUCUCCUGUUCGUCUGUGGGAUCCUUUUUGCUCAAGCUCAGGGUUGGUCUGAGCCGCGGAUCAGACUGAACUCUGAAGAUCCGGUCGGUACGGAUGUGAUUCUUGACUCUGGUUCUCCUCUUCAUCUGAUCUGUGAAGGCGAUGGUCCGGUCACAUGGCUUCCCCGACUUGCCAAACAUAAGCGUUAUAUCUCCAAGGAGGUCGGAAAUGUCCGGAGUUUCUAUGUGAAACAAGCCACGGCAGAUUUUACAGGAACAUACAAGUGCGUCUAUAUGAACGCAAAUGAUACAAACGAGUCAUCUUCGGUUCAUGUGUUUGUUAGAGAUAACCGAUUUCUCUUCGUCUCACCGAGUACAUCUCUGCGUUAUGUGCGGAAAGAAGGUGAAGAUCUGACGCUCCCGUGUCUUCUGACCGACCCUGAUGCCACCGACUUCACCUUCCGCAUGGAUAACGGCUCAGCAGUGCCCUACGGCAUGAACGUGACCUUUGACCCCAAAAAGGGUGUCCUGAUUCGCAAUGUUCACCCUGGAUUUAACGCCGACUAUGUUUGCAGCGCUAGAAUCAGAGGGGUUUGGAAAGUGUCGAAGAUAUUCUCUAUAAACGUCAUUCAGCGAUUACAUUUUCCACCAUAUGUGUUUCUGAAGAGAAGCGAGCAUGUCAAACUGGUGGGAGAGAGAUUUCAGAUCAGUUGCACCACAAACAACCCCAACUUUUACUACAAUGUCACAUGGACACACUCCUCUAGAACGCUGCCCCGAGCAGAAGAGAAAUCGACAAUGGAAGGGGAUUGUUUGGCCAUCGAGAGCAUCCUGAUCAUACCGGCUGUUCAGCUGUCUGAUUCGGGUAACAUCACCUGUACGGGUCAGAACGAGGCCGGAGCCAACAGCUCCACCACACAACUACUGGUCAUGGAGGAGCCGUACAUUCGACUCUCCCCGAAGCUCUCGUCUAAAGUCACUCACCGCGGUCUGUCCAUCGAGGUUAAAGAAGGCGAGGAUGUGGAUCUCAGAGUUUUGAUCGAAGCGUAUCCCCCGCUGAUCUCACACAAGUGGGUAACUCCAACAUCCCACAAUGCCUCACUCCCAGAGAACAGGUUUUACAACUACAAUGACAGGUACGAGGCGCUGAUGUUCCUCAAGAGACUGAACUUCCAGGAAACCGGCCGCUACACACUCCACGUCAAUAGCAGUAUGAAAAAUGCCUCCAUUGCUUUUGACAUUAAAAUGUACAAGAAACCUGUAGCGAUGGUGAGAUGGGAGAACGUCACCACUCUGUCAUGCAGGUCCUAUGGAUAUCCAGCUCCCAGCAUCCUUUGGUACCAGUGCACAGGAAUCAGAACCACCUGCCCAGAAAACUCCACGGGUCUUCAGCCCGUCCAGACGCAGACACUGGCAUUUCAUAAGGAUCCGUACGGGUCGGUGGGUGUGGAGAGCGUCCUGACCGUGGGACCAUCCAACCAGAGGAUGACCGUGGUGUGUGUGGCCUUCAAUCUGGUGGGACAAGGCAGCGACACCUUCGCCAUGGACGUCACCGACCAGCUCUUCACCAGCGCUAUGUAUUGCUCUAUAGUCGCAAUGGUGGUUCUAGCGCUGCUGCUCAUCUUCAUGAUCUACAAGUACAAACAGAAACCCAGAUAUGAGAUCCGCUGGAAAAUCAUUGAAGCCACAAAUGGAAACAACUACAGCUUCAUUGACGCGACACAACUGCCAUACAAUGAGAAAUGGGAGUUUCCUCGAGACAAACUCAAGCUCGGAAAGACUCUGGGAGCUGGAGCCUUUGGGAAGGUGGUGGAGGCCACAGCAUACGGCCUAGGCAAAGAGGACAAUGUCACACGUGUAGCUGUCAAAAUGCUGAAAGCCAGCGCUCAUCCAGAUGAGCGAGAGGCUCUGAUGUCCGAGCUGAAGAUCCUCAGUCAUCUCGGGCAGCACAAGAACAUCGUCAACCUGCUGGGCGCCUGUACACAAAGCGGUCCUGUGCUAGUCAUCACGGAAUACUGUUGUCAUGGUGAUCUUCUGAACUUCCUGCGUAGCAAAGCUGAGAACUUCCUGAACUUCGUCAUGACGAUUCCGAAUCCGGAGAUGGAUUAUAAGAACAUCAACACCGAACGAAUGUUUAUCAGAAGUGACAGUGGGAUUUCCAGUACUUGCUCUGAUAACUAUCUGGCCAUGAGACCAGCCUCAUCCAGACCCACAAACUCUGCUCAGAGCUCUUCUUUGGACUGUGAGCAAACUGAGGAUUCGUGGCCGCUGGACAUGGACGACUUACUCAGAUUCUCCCAUCAGGUGGCACAGGGACUCGACUUCCUCGCUGCUAAAAAUUGCAUCCACAGAGACGUGGCGGCCAGAAACGUCCUCCUCACCAACAGCCGAGUGGCCAAGAUCUGUGAUUUCGGUCUGGCGCGAGACAUCAUGAACGACUCCAACUACGUAGUCAAAGGAAACGCGCGUCUUCCAGUGAAGUGGAUGGCUCCAGAGAGUAUCUUCGACUGUGUUUAUACGGUUCAGAGUGACGUCUGGUCUUACGGGAUCCUGCUCUGGGAGAUUUUCUCAUUGGGUAAGAGCCCGUAUCCCAACAUACUGGUGGACUCCAAGUUUUAUAAAAUGAUCAAAAGUGGCUAUCAGAUGUCCAGACCUGACUUUGCAUCUCCAGAGAUGUACACCAUCAUGAAGAUGUGCUGGAACCUGGACGCCGCUGAGAGACCUACAUUCAGUAAGAUCAGUCAGCUGAUCGAGAGGAUGCUGGGAGACACACAAGAGCAACAGGAGACACAGUACCAAAAUCUCCAGUCCAAUGCACAGGAUGACCAACAACUAGAGUCAUGUGACCCUGUGAAGCAUGAAGAGGAGUCAUUUGAGACAUCAUGUGACCAGGAAGAAGAGGAUCAGCCGCUGAUGAAACCCAACAACUACCAGUUCUGCUGAGAGCUUAACUAACCAGCUAACGCACUAAAGCAGGAUCUUCUGUCUGAACAUCAACAACAGUUGCACAAUCGGUCCGCAAACGCAUGCACGUGGACAGAGAUCUGACCCGUCAUCAAACAAACUCUGCUUUUGCAGUUCUGCUCGCUUCAAAUCUCGUAAACAAUCUUGAACUCCUCUGCAGAGUUGAAGCGUGUUUAAUCCAACCGGUUUCACUUCUCAGCAAAGUCCAAAACCUCCAAACCUCGGAUUUGUUUGUCGUCCUAUGUGCCUUUUUGGUAAACAUGCAUCUUUAUGUGUUACGGGACUUCUCUGUUGCCAAGGUUGGAAAGCAGCUUGUUCAGCAUUUUAAAUGCAGAUACUGCAUGUUCCACUUCCACUUUAUACUUGAUCUGCGUGUCAGCCAUGUUUCUUCCUUUAAAAUCACUGAAAAUGACCACAGACAAACAUAACUCUCUUUUUGUCCAGCUAAAAUAACUAAAGCGAAUGACACCGGUAGCCUCGCCUACAUGUAUACACCAUAUACAACUACUCAAAACAAAACAAAAAAAAAAUAUAUGUAUAUAUUGUCAGUGCAAACAGUAUGUUAUAACAGAAAAUUUGGCUAAUACAUUUUUUUAUUAUUGUAUUUUUUUAUUUUUUUUAUUUUAAUUUUGCAUUGUUUUAUUUUUGCUUUGUAAGUUUGCAUUGUAUUCUAUUUUAUUUUUUCAUUUUAAUAUAUUUUGCAUUUUGCAAAUUCUUUUGAACUCGUAUGUCACACCUGUUUUCGUCAUGCAAACACAGGUUGAGUUUCAUGCAGUAUGUUAUAACAACACAUUUGGCAAUUAAUUAUUAUUAUUUUGCAUUUCAUUUUAUUUUUUAUUUUGCAUUUGCAUUUUAUUUUGCAUUUUAAUUUAGCGUUCUAUUUUUUAUCGUGUUUUAUUUUGCUUUCUAAGUUGCAUUUUUUUUUUUUUUUUUUUUUUUUUAUGUUUUGCAUUUUGCUAAUUCUUUUGAACUCAUAUGGCACACCUGUAAUCGUCAUGCCAACAUGGGUAGAGUUUCACGAAGCUGAAGGUAAUCAGUGCAGGUCAGAGGACACAUAUGAAAUCCCCUGCUCUAGUUCUUAGUCAAUCUUUGUAGGCAAACACAGUGUUUUAUUGCUUCCCGCAGUGAUCACGGUCGUUUGGAGUGAUAGUGUGAGGUCAGCGCAGGUUUGGAGGACAGAUUCACGUCUCCAGCGGGUGAAAUAUUGACAUGCUGUCGGCGCAAUAAUGCCUCGUCUUAUUCCUUCAGAUAACUGAGGGUCAAAGGUUAAAUGCGUUCUCGUUUAUCACUGAGGAAAACAAUGACUGAAGGCGCCGAAACCAUUUCAGGAAGAAAAACUAACCAUUUGCUUUUGCUUCGAUGUAAAAUGAAAGGUAGACGGUUUCGUUUUAUUUUCAUAGGCCUAUGUAGACGUGAUUAUUUUGAUGUGCUGGAAAUGUUUAGAUAGCAGAAAUCUUGUAAGCUGAUGUGCUGAAUUAACUGUUUAACUUAACGGUCAAAUGAAGCAUCAGAGCUGCUGAGUAACUUUAGGUUGCUUUAAACGUGUGAUUAUUAAAGUCGUCAAUGAAACGGGAUAUGCCAUGCCUUAGAACAUUUAGCAAUUCUGACUUCAGUUGCAAUUUAAUUUCACAUUUUGCUUUUGCAUUUUAAUUUCAUUUUCAAACAUUAACUUUAAUUUGAUUCUCAAACAGGAAAAAAAAAAUCUGUAUUUUUUUUUUCUUUUCUGUCGUUUAUUAACAGUUUGAAAUGGGUAAAUCCUUGUUUUUAUGCAAUUGUCAAUUUCAUUUGAACUCUAAAAUGAAGCAUCAGAAACACUGCCAUUGUAACUUUAGGUUGCUUAAAAUGUGAUGAAGCUGAUGUUUUCUUUCUCAAAGCACACACUGCCAUGUUUAUAUGUUUAUACUGGAUCCUUAUUUACAAUGUUUCUUGUGCAAAAGUUUUAUGGUUUAAAGUUCAGUUAUGUAUCAUUAUAAUGACGUCUUUUCUCAGUGUUUAUCUGUGUGUUCAUAGUUCCCAUGAGUCUUAUCGUUACAAGUUUUGCACCUGUAAUAUCUACACCUCUGUAUGUUUUAUUGUUUGUUGUACUACAGAACAUGCUACUGAAAGCUACUAAUAAACCGUCACGUGAUCGUGUUUUAUCAGUGAAAAUA